AUGCGACAUUUUCUUUGUUCAAACUAUAGGUUUUCCUUUCAUUUUCUGUUUCUGUCCAGAUCGGUUAUAGAAGUUCGUGAUGGUUUGACAUUUCUUGACCUGAUUGUUAUCCAGAUUGAGAAUCUCAACAACAAGUAUGGCUGCAAGGUUCCCUUGGUUCUCAUGAACUCAUUCAAUACACAUGAUGACACACAAAAGAUUGUGGAGAAGUACACCAACUCAAAUGUUGAUAUUCACACUUUUAAUCAGAGCAAGUAUCCUCGUGUUGUUGCUGAUGAGUUUGUGCCGUGGCCUAGCAAAGGAAAGACCGAUAAGGAUGGCUGGUAUCCUCCCGGUCACGGUGAUGUAUUCCCAUCCCUCAUGAACAGUGGCAAGCUUGACAUUUUCUUAUCACAGGGUAAGGAGUAUGUGUUCGUUGCCAACUCAGACAACUUGGGUGCUGUCGUUGACUUAAAAAUCUUGAAGCACCUAAUCCAGAACAAAAAUGAGUAUUGUAUGGAGGUUACUCCCAAAACCCUUGCUGAUGUAAAGGGAGGAACUCUCAUCUCUUACGAAGGAAAAGUACAGCUUUUGGAGAUUGCUCAGGUUCCUGAUGAACAUGUCAAUGAAUUCAAAUCAAUUGAGAAAUUCAAGAUUUUCAACACGAACAACCUUUGGGUUAACUUGAAAGCCAUCAAAAAGCUUGUGGAAGCUGAUGCUCUUAAAAUGGAGAUUAUCCCAAACCCGAAGGAAGUCGAUGGAGUCAAAGUUCUUCAAUUGGAAACUGCAGCUGGUGCUGCCAUAAGGUUUUUUGAUAACGCAAUUGGUGUGAAUGUACCUCGGUCACGGUUCUUACCAGUAAAGGCAACUUCUGAUUUGCUUCUUGUUCAAUCCGAUCUGUACACUCUUGUGGAUGGCUUUGUGACACGAAACAAAGCUAGAACAAACCCCACAAACCCAUCGAUCGAAUUGGGACCCGAAUUCAAAAAGGUGGCUAGCUUCCUUAGCCGGUUCAAGUCCAUCCCUAGUAUAGUUGAGCUCGAUAGCCUUAAGGUCUCCGGUGAUGUAUGGUUUGGCUCCAGCAUUGUUCUUAAGGGCAAAGUGACAGUGAAGGCAAACUCCGGGACUAAACUUGAAAUCCCCGACAAAUCCGUGGUCGAGAAUAAGGACAUCAAUGGUCCUGAGGAUCUCUGA